AUGGCAUCUGGACUUCGUAACCUCGCUCAAACUUCGCGGCGAUGCAUGACAGCCGUCCCGCGCCUGUAUCACACCUCCGCCGCCCUUCGACUUCCGUACAAGGACUCUCAAGACCGCCAGUCUCUCAAGCCUCAAUCCAACAAUGGCACGAGGUCGGGUCGAGACGACGAUGUCGCGGCGCAAAAGGACGCUGCCUUUGACCCGUCCAAGACGAAGCCGACUCCGGAGUCGGAGCUGGAGACGGCGGGCCGCGGCAAUGAGACGAACCCUCUGAAUGCAAGCGGUGCGAACCAAGAGUUUAGCAAGCCGAUGGGAGAGGGAAAACAGGCGCAUGAUACAGGCCCGGGCAAGGAGACGAGGAAAGGGGGGAAGAGUGGUGGAGGGAGCCCGCCGAAGAAAGGGAAGACGCCUGGGAAACGCUGA